CAUUUAUAUAUUCACCAACAUGUUUGCUCGUACCAUUGUUCGUUCAGCUGUUAGACCUGUUAGUUUUACAGUAAAAGCUCGUACUUUCACUACUAAAGCACGUAAUACUACCACUAAAACAAGCUUCCAUUUGACUUUGGCUGCUGUUGGUGUUGCUACUGCCAGUGCAUUCUCUUAUGCCUAUUUACAAAAAUCUAUUGCUGCUGACUCUAAGCCAAUUGCAGGUGUUCAGGGAACGUUUAGUGAACGGACCUUCAUUGCUGUUAAGCCUGAUGGUGUUCAACGCGGCUUGGUUGGUAAGGUUAUUUCUCGUUUCGAAGAACGUGGUUACAAACUUGUUGGAUUAAAGGCUAUUGCUCCUUCUAAGGAAUUGGCAGAAAAGCAUUAUGCAGAUCUUAAAUCUCGUCCUUUUUUCUCAGGACUUGUUAAUUACAUGACCAGUGGUACACCUGUUAUUGCCAUGGUUUGGGAAGGAAAGGAUGUUAUUAAGCAAGGACGUGCAAUGAUAGGUGCUACCAACCCUCUUGGAUCUGAUCCUGGUACAAUUCGUGGUCAAUAUGCGAUUUCUGUUGGUCGUAAUAUUAUUCAUGGUUCCGAUUCCUUUGAGUCUGUAGAAAAGGAAAUUGGUUUAUGGUUUGGUCAAGCUGGUGAGCUUAUUGAUUGGACACCUGCCAACGUUGAUUGGGUUCAAGCUGAUAAUUAAAUAAAGAGAUAUAGGCAUACAUAAAUGAGCUUUAUUAUGUGUAUAUAUGUAUAUAUGUAUGUAUGUGUGUAUAUGUAUUUGAAUAUCUAUGACAAUGUUUAUUUUUUGUCGUUUGCUCCUUGCAAAUUAAUACC